CUCCCAGCCUGUGACCAUCACACGGAGCUCAGCCUGCCUCUCUCAGAAGGACGAUGGUCUGCCCUAAUGCCUGGCCACGCUGCCCCACAAGGACUGUGCUAUGAACAUGGGGUUUCCCAGGUGCCUCUUGCUCCCAGCUGGGCACCCCCUUGGCAGGAGCUUGGCUGCCUGCACGGGAGCUGGGAACACAAGGAUCCCCAUCCUCCUGGCCUGGCUUUGGGCUUCCAUGACAGGACUCCCCAUGGCAGACUCAGGCAUCCCAGAACUAACUCAGCUCCGACUGGUGAAUGGUUCGAGUCGCUGCGCUGGGAGAGUCGAGGUGCUUCACAACCAGCAGUGGGGAACCGUGUGUGAUGACAACUGGGAUUUAACUGAGGCCAGAGUGGUGUGCAGGCAGCUGGGCUGUGGGACGGCGUUAUCAGCCCCACGCGGGUCUCGGUUUGGACAGGGAACUGACCGUAUCUGGCUGCAUGAGGUAAACUGCACAGGGACAGAAGCCGCCCUCUCCGAAUGCAGAGCUAGGCCUUGGGGAGAGCAUAAGUGUAACCACGUAGAAGAUGCCGGUGUUGUGUGCUCGGACUCAAACAUUCCAGACCCGGGUCCUCUCCAGCUGGUGAACGGCCCCAAUCGCUGCGCUGGGAGGGUCGAGGUGCUUCACAACCAUCAGUGGGGAACCGUGUGUGAUGACGGCUGGGACUUAACUGAUGCUGGAGUCGUGUGCAGGCAGCUGGGCUGUGGGACGAGGAUCUGA